AUGGCAUUCUCUACCAGAAGCUCCCAGUGGGGUACAAGCAGCCGCUUUCACUCCUCAGCUCCCAGCAUCAGCGGGUUGACCUCCCGGCAAACAAGCAUCCAAAGGAUGCAGGCACCCAGUGUCUAUGGGGGGGCUGGUGGCUACGGCACCCACAUAUCCAGCAGCACCAGCUAUGGGCAAGGCUUCGGGGGCAACUUCCAGCUGAAUACUAGUGACAAUGAUGUGCUGCUCGCUGGCAAUGAGAAAUCAACAAUGCAAAACCUAAAUGACCGUUUGGCUUUGUACCUGGAGAAGGUGCGUUCGCUAGAAAGGGCGAACUCCCAGAUUGAAAAGCAGAUCAAGGAGUGGUAUGAGAAGAACACCACAGAUAUAAGGCAUGACUAUAGCUCAUACUUCAAAACCAUUGAAGAGCUCCAGAAUAAGAUUGCUGCUGCACAACUGGAAAAUGCAAGGCUUGUUCUGGAGAUUGACAAUGCCAAACUGGCUGCUGAUGAUUUUAGACUGAAGUAUGAGAAUGAACUCCUGCUCAGGCAAAGUGUCGAGAGUGACAUUAAUGGACUUCUACGAGUCCGUGACGACUUGACUUUGACAAUACCUGACUUGGAGUCCCAGAUUGAAAGGAUGAAUGAAGAACUGAUUUUCCUUAAGAAGAACCAUGAGGAGGAUGUUAACAGACUGCGCAAACAAGUGGGGGGCUCAGUUAACGUAGAGGUGGACGCUGCUCCAGGCAUAGAUCUUGCAACUAUGAUGGAAAAUAUGAGAAAGCAAUAUGAAGAAAUGGCAGAAAAGAACCGUCAAGAAGCCAAAGAACGGUUUGAAAAGCAGACAGAAGAACUGAACCAGGAAGUAGCAAUCAACUUUGAACAGCUGCAAACCCAGAGGAGAGAGGUCACUGACAGAAGACAGAUCUCCCAGGGGCUGGAGCUGGAAUUACAGUCCCAGCUUAACAUGAAAAAGGCUUUAGAAGACACUCUGGCUGACACUGAAGCACGUUACAGUUAUCAGCUAGCCCAAAUACAAGAAACAGUUGCCAAUUUAGAGGCCCAACUGAGGCAGCUCCGAGCUGACAUGGAGGGGCAGAAUAAGGAGUACAGCGUAUUGCUGGACGUCAAGACUCGCUUGGAAAUGGAGAUUGCCACGUACCGCCGGCUGCUGGAAGGAGAAGACACUGGUGUCCACUAUAAAUCAAGUAAAAUUAAGAAGAUCAAGACAAUUGUUGAAGAGGUCGUUGAUGGCAAGGUUGUCUCCUCUCAGGUCAAGGAGUUUGAAGAGAAAAUGUAA